AUUUUUAAACUCUAAAUUAGCCUGCAAAACUGAUCACUGUUAUCUAUAUAACUCAGAAUUAUAUAUCUUUGACAUUGUAGAGAAAACCAAUCUUUUAGGUCUGUUUUCCUAGAGAUAUUAAUGGCAGUUCCACAAAUGGUAUAUGGGGUUCCUAUGAUUAGUUUUGCUGGGGAUGGGUUCUGUUUGCCUUACCCUUUGGAUUUAAUUGUCAACAGAAAGCAAUAUGGCCUUUCCAAUAUACAUUAUCAAGUGUCAGAUGGCAAAGGAAAUCUUUACCUCCUUGCCGAUGGCUCCUACACGACCCUUUUCAGAAAACGAGUCCUGCGCAACUCUGCUGGCUUCCCUAUCCUCACAAUCCGCGAAAAGGCAAUCACUGGUAAAAAAUGGAUGGUUCAUAGAGGUGAAAGUUCAGAGAAAAGUCAACUUCUUUUUUCAGUGCACCGAUCACGCUUUCAACCAAAGAAAACAAGGCUUGAAGUGUUUUUAGAAGGCAACAUAGAUAAGGACAUCAGCAACUUCACGGUUGUAGGUUCCAAUUAUCCAUCUCAAUAUAUAAGAGUUUAUAAAGGGGAUACUAUUCUUGCAGAGGGUAAAAAAGAGAGUUUCAGGGUUAGUGUUCAUUCAGGAGUGGAUUAUGCAUUCAUUGCAGCACUGAUAAUCAUCCUUGUUGAAUGUGAAUGACCUGUUGUUGCAUGUUUCAUAUAGUUUCUGCUUUCGUCUUUCUUGUAAAAAAUUUUCGAGUUUUCCAUUGUUUUUUCUUUGGGGUACAAAAGAGGCUUAGCCGAGUGAUAGGGGAAGAGUUUCCGGAUGCUGGGAUCCGAACACUAAACCUACUGAAUACAACCUUGUAAGCUUGGUUAUAUGAACCAAAUAAAAGCUUCGAUAUAUUCUACAUGUA